AUGCAUCAGAGAAAGGGUAAGACCAAGGGCACUCUGCUUGUUCGACCAGCCCUCAAACCAGAUUGCAGCUCCCACGAACCCUCUACCGGGUUCUGUGGCUGGGGUUCUGGGGUCUGCGGCUGCCCUCCGCCGGCUCGCGGUUGGCGGUCCUCGUUGACUUUUAAAAGGUGCCGCCCCGCGCAACCCUGGCCACCGCACUGGCCUUCGCUGGCGGGAGGGGGCCGACGGGCCGGCUGGGCAGAGGUGCAGCCCCCUCCCCCAUGCACCAUGAGCAUUUAUGACAUUAACAGAGAACAGGACUAUGUCAAGAAUUCUGGGGGUAUACUUGGUGAAAAUGAAUUAAGACCACCCUCCCAGCUACAUUUUCUUUUAGAGAAGACCGAGCCAGGGUUCCUAUCACAAAAGAUUUUUGAGACAGUGUCCUUGAGUUCAGACUCUCUCUUCCAGAGGGCAGUUUCAAUUCUUCAUACUUCUUACUUGGACUCUGCAUCUGAGCAUGGUUUUCAGUACAGUCAAGUGACUUUGGUGAAAAAUGACAUUUUCUUAAAUGAGUACAGAACUUUUUACCAAGAAAAAAAAUCAAGUAAUUAUACUCAGGAAGAACUUCAAGAGACUUACGGGUUUCUUCUGUUUGAAACUGAAAAUCAGGCAAAGUUAGUGUGUCAGCGCGGGCUCUGUGUGGGCAGCAGUGCUAGAACCACUCUCGGUGACCCAGCAAAAGGUAUAGACACAGCAGUGGAAUUGCCGGGUUAUGUGGUCACUCUGUGUAACACAAAAUGCUUUAAAACUUACAUUCACAUCUUCUAA